AUGCCCCACCCCGAUUUCACACUACCUUCGCGCUCGCGCACGGCGUCGUACACCACGGACCAGCACGGCGCGCCCGACCUGCCGCCCGCCGACGCCGCCAAGCCCGACGACCAGGCCAUCGACGACGUCUACACCCAAGUGGAAGCGACGGGCUCGCUCGCGGCCGCGGCUGUCAAGCUGGCGGAAAUCGCACAGCACGAGCAGGAGCACGGCGGCGCGGCGCCGCGCGUGGUGGCGCGCCGCCAGGCGUAUGCGUGGGAGGACGACCCCGAAGAGGCCGAGUUCCUCGCCCAGCAGGCGGAGGAGGAGGCCGAGGAGGCCGAGGACGACGAGUAUGGGUAUGGGUAUGGCGAAGAAGAGGAGAUUGUCAUUGACCACCUGCAAGAGGUGGUCGAGGGGCUGUGGAUUGGCGACCUUGUUUCUGCCAUGGACGCCGAGGGACUGCGGGCGCGCGGAAUCGCAAACGUCGUGUCCCUCCUCCGCCCACGACUCGAGUUCGCCCCCGAGUUUGCGGCGUACGCGCUCGAGAUCGACGACGCGCAGACGACAGAUAUCCUCACCCACCUGCCUGGCACGACGGCAUGGAUCACCGAGGCGCUCGCCAAGCGUGCCGCCGAGGGAGAGGGUGAGGUGGGUGCAGAGGACACACCGCGCCACGAGGACAUUCCCGCCGAUGCACCGCCCACACACGCCGGCGGCGUGCUUGUCCACUGCCAAGCGGGCAUGAGCCGCUCGGCCACUGUUGUCGCGGCCUACCUCAUGCGCGCACAGGGCCUCGAUCCCGUCGACGCCGUCAGCUAUCUGCGCGAGUGCCGGCCCGUCGUCGACCCCAGCGAGACGUUCUGGUACCAGCUCGGCCUGUACGGACAGGCCCAAGGACGGGUCACGCUAAAGGAUAGGAGUACGCGCCAGUUUUACCUGGAGCGCACGACUGGACUGGUUAUGAACCAAGGUGCUCGUCCAUCCACCGAACACAUGGCGCGAUACCCCACCACCCCGACGGCGUCGGCGCCGCCCACUCCCGCAGGGGGGCAAGCACGCCGCAAGAUCCGGUGCAAAAUGUGUCGUCGCCACCUCGCCAUCCGCGAGCACAUGAUGGACCACAUUCUCGACCAGCUGCCCCCCGCCGCGGCUCCCGCCCCGGCAUCGCGUCCCCGCACCCCGAGCAACUUUACGCUCCCUGCACCGCUCUCUGCCAUGACGGACAAUGACGCCGCCGACGAGGUCAUCGAGGACGAGGACGGCGGGCCGUCGUCGGCAUCGGCGGCGACAGUGCGCUCCCGCCGCCCCUCCGUCGUCUCCGACGUCAUCAACCCCCUCACGGGUCUGCCUGGUGCGCGCUCCCGCCGGCCGUCAGUAGCGGGCAACGCUACGCCGCCUCAAGGCCGCUCGCGCGCGCGUUCCGUGUUGGGCGAGGACCUCACCAUGAGCCGCCAGGCAUCGACCCCUGGCAUCGCCGCCGGUGCCCCCGCGCCCUCUGCGUCGGCGCCGGCACCUGUCACGGGCCCAGGCGGCAGGCCGAUCCUGGACGCGGACGCGCUCGCUGCCCGGCUCCCACCCCAGCUCGCGGCCCUGCGCGCCGGCCUCAACCCGGCCAACAACGUCGUCUCGUCGUCGCCCGCCGCGUCGUCGCCGGCCGACUCGCCGCCCACAUCCCCGGACCAGGGCCCGCGCCGCCGCAUGUCCUCGAGCCUCGGCGGCCUCGGCAUGACCCCCGCCACCCCGGCAGUCUCGGCGCCCGCGUCGGCCUACCCGCCCAACCACCCGCUCGCCGGCCUCGCAGCCAUGGGCAUGCCGGGCCUCACGGGUCUCACGUCCGCCGGCGGCCCGCCCAUACUCGUCAACCCCAAGUGCUCGGGAUACUUUGUCGAGCCCCUCACGUGGAUGGAGCCCGUGCUCGCCGGCGGCGCCGUGUCGGGCAAGCUGGUCUGCCCAAACGAAAAGUGCGGUGCCAAGAUUGGCAACUUUGACUGGGCGGGCGUGCAGUGCGGCUGUAAAGACUGGGUCACGCCGGGAUUCUGUCUCGCGCGCAGUAAAGUCGAGGAGGUGUGGUGA